AGUGGCAGAACGUGGAACAUGUUGGUGACCAGAGCCCCUACGUCACCUCUGUCAUUCUUCACAUUAAGCAGAACGUCCCCAUCAUCCGUGACAAUCUGGCUUCCACACGGAAGUACUUCACUCAGUUCUGCAUUAAAUUUGCAAACUCUUUCAUUCCUAAAUUCAUCACCCACCUCUUCAAGUGCAAGCCAAUUAGCAUGGUGGGAGCAGAACAGCUGCUGCUGGACACCCACUCCCUGAAGAUGGUGCUGCUCGAUCUCCCCUCCAUUGGCUCUCAGGUGGUGAGGAAAGCACCUGCCAGCUACACUAAGAUCGUUGUGAAAGGCAUGACCAGGGCCGAGAUGAUCCUCAAGGUAGUGAUGGCCCCUCAUGAACCUUUGGUGGUGUUUGUGGACAACUAUAUCAAACUCCUCACAGACUGCAACACAGAAACCUUCCAGAAGAUACUGGACAUGAAGGGGCUGAAGAGGAGCGAGCAGAGCAGCAUGCUGGAACUCCUGCGCCAGAGACUCCCCACCCCGCCCUCCGGAGCAGAAGGCUCCAGCUCCCUGUCCCUGAUGACUCCAACGCCGGAACAGGAGUCAUCUCGCAUCCGCAAACUGGAGAAACUAAUUAAAAAGAGACUAUAGGAACA